AUGAUUAAGAAGAGACCAGCACCAUUGAGGAUUUCUUCAUCACGUUUUGCCAGUCAGCUUCAGAAAGGUUUAAGCACUGAAAUGAUCAGAACUCAGAUUGCUCAGAGGAAGUCAUUAUCUCAGAAGGAAAACAGACACAAGGUAUAUGAACGAAACAGGCACUUCAGCUUGAAAGAUGUCAACAUUCCAUUGGAAGGUAGAGAUCUUGUUAAUAUACAUGAGAUGUCUCUAUACCUCGCUCCAGAAAAGGCCAAAACGAGUAAGUGAAGACCUUUCAAAACGGUUCUAAGUGACCAGUGGAAGCAGCUCCUCCAACAAUACAAGGAAGAAAAGUAGCUUCAGAAAUUGAAAGAACAAAGAGAGAAAGCUAAAUGAGGAGAGUUUAAAGUGGGUCUCUACAGGCCUGCUGCCCCUGGCUUCCUCGUCACAGACCAGAAGAAUGUGAGGACCCAGCCUGCUGCCCCCGCUUUUCCAUUCAAUGGGCAGAUUACAAGAUCCAAGGCCAAAGACCACAUGGAACACACUAAGCUUGAGAGCAGGAAUGUUCUCCAAGCAACACGAUGUGGUCCAAAACAAACUUCUGAAAAGAACAUACUGGACAAAGAGAAAAAAGUCGUGCAGCCCAUGGUGUCAUCAGGGAGAGUGACUGGAUCAGCUGUUCCUCAGAGUACAAAGCAGACAGCCCGGACAGUCUCCUCUGCCCAGGGAAAGCCAGUCACAGGAGUUGCUGGUGAGAAUGAAUCCGAAAGAGUGGGGCCGAGUAGAGGAAGACCUGCCAGAAAGGUGGAAGCCAAACUUGGCAAGGUCCUUCCCUCUAAAGUUGAUAGAGAAGAAAAUAGUAUGGAUCUGAAGACCAGUGUAACAAAUGGAAUGGAUCUGGGUGGAGCCUUCCCAGAGGUGGAGAGCUCAACUAAAACCGUUCCCGCAAAAGUGAAGGAGAGGAAGUCCUUUGCACCUGCCCAUUGUGUGUUCCAGCCUCCAUGUGGUCUGAAGACCUACCAAGUGGCACCCAUGGGUCCUAGAAGUGACAGUGCUUUCUUUACACCUGGCUGUGACUGGAUCCCUUUAAAACCAGAAGUGCCCUGGAGAGUUCUUGAAGAGCGACACUUGGAGAUGACCUGUGACCUCCACCUGUGCACACGCACACAUAUUGACAACCAUAAUAGAAGAGAACAUGGCUUAAAUCAAAAGGAAGUGUCUACUACAGAUUCCAAUCCCCUUUUUGUGGGAGGACUCACAUCACUUGAAGUAGGGAAAGGUCAGGUGUCUCAGCCACAGCAUGAUGUGGCAUAUUUCAGAAAAAUCCUCCAGUCAGAAACUGACAAGUUAACUUCACAGUGCCUGGAGUGGGACAAGAAGCUGGAACUCAACCUUCCUGAUGAAGCUAAAGACCUUAUUCACACAACAGUUGGUCAAAAAAGACUCCUUAUUAUGGAAAGAUUCAAACAGUUUGAAGGGCUGGUAGAUAACUGUGAAUAUAAACGAGGUGAAAAAGAGACAACCUGUUUUGACCUGGAUGGAUUUGGGGAUAUGGUUAAUUUUCAGGUAGAGGAUUUAAACCAAAAAUUCAACAGCCUCAUCAAACUUGAGGAAGCUGGAUGGAAAACCAAUAAUAAUCCAAGCAAAAAAGUCCUCCGGAAAAAAAUCGUGCCUGCCAGAACAAGCAAGGCACAAAAGGAUGCCAGUGGGAGAAUGGCAUCCAGAAAUCAUCUUGCUGCUAUAAAAAAUGCGAUGAGAGAGAGGCUGAAGCUGGAAGAGCAUGCCCCAGUCGCAGCUAGGGAAGUGCCAGGGGAAGUCGACAAAAUAGUGUUUGAGGCUGGGUUUUUCAGGAUUGAGAAUUCUGUCAAAUCGUUUGCAGCACUUUCCUCUGAAUGUCCUUCUCAGAGAUUUGGAGCACUUAAGUCUGCCAGCAGAGUCAUGCCUGAGAGUGGGGCUGCAGGGGACCUUCCAAGACAAAGGCUUUCGCUGGAGAAUCCUGAUUCUCACAGCAGCAAGAGUGAAAGUGUCCUCGAUAAGACAUUGUUUACAGACAUUCUUGAAAGCAGGUGCAGAAUGGAAGACACUUCAAGUCCUGGAGAACAAGAUUCAAGUGCCAUAGGCCAUGAUGUAAAUAAGAUGAAUGUGGAGAUGGAUUGUUCUCCUGCUGGUGGAGUGGUGGGUGAUACUAAGCCAGCAGAGGUACUUUCUGAUGUGGAAGGCUUGGAGUUCCAUUCUAAAGUCAAUUCCCAAGAUGUGCUGAUGAAUAAUCCUGAGACAAACUCCCCCUCACGAAGUGCUUCCUCACAGGAAGAAGUCAAAGUGUCCCAGUCAGUACCAUUGCACAGACAGCUCACUUUUGAAUACUACCCUCUCGAUCUACCAGCCCUAAGCAGCACCAGUCCCUGCACACAGGUGGAGACCAGGAAGCCAGAGCGUGCCAGACACAUCUCCUUUGGUGGUGACCUCAUUGUCUUCUCACCGCUGAGACCCCGAAGUAAAGAGCACCAGGAGGGUUUUUAACAUCAAAAUAACUCCAAACAGUUUUUUCUUCAUGUCAUUAAUUCUCUGAUAA